GGCAUAAGAGGCGUGUUGCAAACGUCAGCAAGUCAGAAUGAAGGUGCUGAUAUUAGCCGCUGGGUUCGGAACGAGGCUACAGAGAGAUAUCAGAGAGUGUGGGACGCACAAGGAGCUGGAGAAUGUCCCGAAACCUCUGCUGCCGGUGUCCGGAAAGCCCGUAAUCUCUCACUGGAUGGAGAUACUCGGGACGUGUCCGGAAACCGGGGGCGACGUGUACGUGGUAGUCAACGACGCCAAUUUCGGACAGUUCCAGGAAUGGGCGGCGGAGUAUCCGACCGUCCGGCUGGUGAGCUCGGGAUGUAGCACCAACGAUACGAGACCUGGCGCCGUGGCUUGUAUCCACAUUCCAGUGAAACACUUUGGUAUUCAAGACCACCUCUUGGUGAUUGGGGGGGACACACUAUUUUGUGAGGAUUUCAUUUUGGCGGAUUUUCUCGCUGCAUUUCGCAAUUCUCCAGCAGCUUCGUCUGGUGGAGCAUUCAUUCCUUACUACACCUGCCCCGACGAAGGUGAUAAUAUUGCCACGUAUUCUCUCACUCUUUAUCUUGUGGUUUAGACACCGUCAGGCGAGGAAUUCUUGAACUCGACGAAAACGGAAAAGUAGUCAGUUUUCUAGAGAAACCUAAACCAACAGACACCACGUCGAGAAAGGCCAAUCCUUGUCUGUAUCUGUUCAGUAAAGACAGUCUUCCAUUGAUAUCUCAGUUCCUUCAAGAAAAGAAGGAGGCUCCAAUGAAGGAAAAGAUGCAACUGGAAAUUUAGUGAAAUACCUCUACUCACGGAGACCAGUCUACACCUACGAGAUCUCCGGUCGCUACGACAUCGGAGGAUUGGAAUCCUACCUCCACUGCUGUUCUAAUUAUCGCCCACCCAGCAACCAAUCACAGACAUUAUAACUGAUAAUUAUUUAUUUUUUAAUGAUACUAGGACAGUGAAUGUUGAGUACUAGUAAUACUCGGGCUCAUUGUAAGUGGAGUAUAGUUGUGAUUGGUGUAGUGAGGGUGGGAUGGGGAAGGAGGGGAGGAGGGAAGAGGGGAGGUGGGUGAAGAGGAGAGGAGUGAAGGACACUCGUCCACUCAGCCACGCAGUGGCCAGCAGAGCUCCAUGGCAACAGUUCCUCUGGAAUGUA